GAUUGAGCUCCACAAACAACAUAAGUCUAUUCAAAUCUCACAGUGAGAACUUCACCCACCUGCAAUGGAUCUCGUAACUCUCUGUAUGCUGUUCUAUCUUUUGCCAGUUACUGUCCCUCAGACAACGCUCCCGCAAAGUCCAGCACUUCAGAGUGUCUCCAUUGGAAGCACUGUUAGGAUGAAAUGCCACACGGACUGGUAUGCUACGGGAGGUGUUCACUGGUACAAACAGAAGGUUCGAGGAAAUCUGCAUUUCGUUUACACUGUGAGCACAUACUCCACUCCAGCUGGAAGAUUUUCUGGGGAAGUUAACGACAAAUCGACUGUUUAUACGCUUGUGGUUCACAACGUCCAGAGAAAUGAUUCAGGUGUAUAUUUCUGUGCUGGUAGGAAAUUGUUCCUUGACCCCUUCAUAUUCGGAAAUGGUUCACAAUUGCUUAUAACAGGCCCUCCCAACGUAAUUCUUUUAUCUCCACCACGGCAAGAAAUGUUUUCCAUGGAAACUCUCCCAUUGAUGUGUUUAGUGAGCAACGUGAUCUCUAAUAACUUUCCCAUCGACUGGAAUAUAUCCACCUGGGAUGCCGAGGGUUGGACAGAUUCUGUGGCAAUGGACUCCACUGGAGUCUACAGUAUCAGAAGUCACAUCAGAGUCCCAGCAGAAGCUUGGAAAUAUGGUGCUGUCUGUACUUGCUCAGUUCAAAUCAGCUCAACUGCAAUUCGUAACAGUGAAAGUAUCUCAUAUCAGAAAGAGUCGCAACAUAUCGAUUGUUCUUUAAUGCUUUAUGGGAGUACGUUGCCAAUGAUUUCCCUUGUCAUGAUGUUAAUUGUCGUUGGUGGAUGUAUCUACGGGAAUUGCGGCUUAGGCAACCGGAACACAGAAAAGGAAUCAACAGAUUUUCAAACACGUGAUUCAAACCAGGAGACUUCUUAUGCUCCCUUGAAAUUUAAAGAAGAUCCAAUACUUUGAUGAACGGAGCAUUUAAGAUUUGAAGAACGUGUGGCAUGUUUUCUCUGAAUAGGAAGUCACUAAGAAGUAUGCUUCAGUAAUUUUCGAAGAAAUAUAUUCCUAAGUUUGUGUUGUGUCCAUGUAUUUUAUGACCCAUUUGUGUAGAAGUGGAUGUUUAAUUCAUGCGAGGAGCUAACACAAUGAAACCUGGAACAUGGAACUAUUCCACCAAUUGAAGAUUUCAUUAUCCUUCACCAAUGUAAUAUCCAACUGUCAUUAAUGAAUUACCAUUCCAACGUGGAAAUGACCAAAGUAGUAAAGAUUCACCUGCUACUGAGGACAGUUUUGUUUCUUGUUAUUAUCCUUUUAAGUAUGUGUAUACUGCUGAUAAGACCAAUAAUUAAUAAGAAUUCAAAAUGUUUAUUUUUAAGUUGAUACAAAGUUUCCUAUGUAUAUAUUGAGGAUUUUGUACCAUCAAAGUUAGAUUACAGGGUCUGUUGAAGUGUGUUGAAUAUUGAAAUAUUGGAAGAAUAACAAUACAUCUCAAGACCAGAAAUGACCGGAAAAUUAGAAUGGAACAUUUAGUUUAUUUUGCUGUCUGGAGACUGCUAACUUUACAUUGCUAAUCGUUACCAAUUACUGUUUUGCACGUUACUUAUAAAUGAUCUUUGUGAGAUGUAUAUUUGCAUGCAGUCGACACAUGCUCUCACUAUCAUGGUCACAGAGGCAGAGAGUGUGUUUAAUAUGUUGAAUUCCACGUCAAUGAAAUGAUUUGCUUCAUUUUUGGUCAUGGGAAACUCAAUAUGUCCAGCAGUAUCUGUGGAGAGAGAAGCAGUGCUACCUUUUUGAGUGCAAUAUGAGCAUUCCUUGGAAUGUCCACAGUCCUUCAGUUGCUUGCUACAAGCACUCUUCCAAGACUGUAGGCAGUACUUCAAGUGUAAUCUGAUCAGCAUCUUAUAAAAUUGCAUAAUGACUUAACAAAAUGUAUAUGCCGUCUUCCAUAACAUAAAUGUCAACACUCCACUUA